ACUCUGCGCUCCUUCCCCGGCGGGCGGGCGGCGGCAGACGCGGGGACUCGCGGGCCGGGACUGCGCGGGGCAGGCCGCGGGUGCAGGAGCCUCGGCGCUUCGGAUUCCGCGCAACCGGGUUUCCAAAAAGAACUCACCCAGCUCUGAGCUCCUGAGCACGGAUCGGACUCAAACUGAGAAACAGACGUUUGGCUGUAACUUGGGGCUGACCUUCCCGGGGCUGAAAGAAGCUCCAGGUUCGGUGGAGGAGGCGGCGGCGGCGGCUCGCGGGGCCUCUAGGCGAGAAGGCGGAGCUGCACCGCCUCGGCGGCGGCCCGGGCGAGCAGACAGGGGGACACCGGGCUCUGGCCUGGCGGAGGCCCGACUCGGUGUUGGGGGACGUGGGCAUCGCCUUGCGCCCCGGGCUCGAGAGACUUGGGCAAACUUUGGAAGGUAACCGGAGACGCUUGUAGUCCGUCGCCGAAGAGAAAGCCGCACCGUUACGUCUCGGCGGGGAGGGUAAGGCGACACCCCCUCCCCCGAUCCCCCAUCCCAGACCCAGGAGUCUGAGCCCCCGGCGGCCGCGUGAGUGCCACGCGGAGGCGGGUGCGGCGCCCCCUCGGCUGGCGGCCUCGCCCCCGCCGUGCAAGCACCCUAGCGCCCUGGGCUCCGCGCCGCCCACGGCCCGGCCCCGGCGCCGGGAGGACUCUCAUGCGCCGGGCGCAGCGGCGCCUCCCUGCAUCCUAGCCGCUCCCCAGCGCCUCGUCUUUUUCCUCCUGCUGAGAACGCCACUGCACUCUCGGCCCGCGAUGCGGGGCCCCGGCACUGCGGCGUCGCACUCGCCCCUGGGCCUGUGCGCCCUGGUGCUGGCGCUUCUGGGCACGCUGCCCACGGGCACCCGGGCUCAGCCUUACCAUGGCGAGAAGGGCAUCUCGGUACCGGAUCACGGCUUCUGCCAGCCCAUCUCCAUCCCGUUGUGCACGGAUAUCGCCUACAACCAGACCAUCCUGCCCAACCUGCUGGGCCACACAAACCAAGAGGACGCGGGCCUCGAGGUGCACCAGUUCUACCCGCUGGUGAAGGUGCAGUGUUCUCCCGAGCUGCGCUUCUUUCUAUGCUCUAUGUACGCUCCCGUGUGCACCGUACUCGACCAAGCCAUUCCUCCGUGCCGCUCCCUGUGCGAGCGCGCCCGCCAAGGCUGUGAGGCUCUGAUGAACAAGUUCGGCUUCCAGUGGCCUGAGCGGCUGCGCUGCGAGAACUUCCCGGUACACGGCGCCGGCGAGAUCUGCGUGGGCCAGAACACAUCCGACGGCUCCGGGGGCGCAGGCAGCAGUCCCACCGCCUACCCUACAGCUCCCUACCUGCCAGACCCGCCUUUCACUGCGAUAUCCCCCUCGGACGGCAGAGGCCGGUGGUCUUUCCCCUUCUCCUGCCCGCGCCAGCUCAAAGUGCCCCCCUACCUGGGCUACCGCUUCCUAGGUGAGCGCGACUGCGGUGCCCCGUGUGAGCCGGGUCGUGCUAACGGCCUCAUGUACUUUAAAGAGGAGGAGAGGCGUUUCGCCCGCCUCUGGGUGGGUGUGUGGUCAGUGCUGUGCUGCGCCUCGACGCUCUUUACGGUGCUCACCUACCUAGUGGACAUGCGGCGCUUCAGCUACCCAGAGCGACCCAUCAUCUUCCUGUCGGGCUGCUACUUCAUGGUGGCUGUGGCGCACGUGGCGGGCUUCCUGCUAGAAGACCGCGCUGUGUGCGUGGAGCGCUUUUCGGACGAUGGCUACCGCACGGUGGCGCAGGGCACCAAGAAGGAGGGCUGCACCAUCCUCUUCAUGGUGCUUUACUUCUUCGGCAUGGCCAGCUCCAUCUGGUGGGUCAUUCUGUCCCUCACUUGGUUCCUGGCAGCUGGCAUGAAGUGGGGCCACGAGGCCAUCGAGGCCAACUCGCAGUACUUUCAUCUGGCCGCGUGGGCUGUGCCGGCGGUCAAGACCAUCACCAUCUUGGCCAUGGGCCAGGUGGACGGGGACCUACUCAGUGGAGUGUGCUACGUGGGCCUGUCUAGUGUGGAUGCGCUGCGGGGCUUCGUGCUGGCGCCCCUCUUCGUCUACCUCUUCAUCGGGACGUCCUUCCUGCUGGCCGGCUUUGUGUCUCUCUUCCGCAUCCGCACCAUCAUGAAGCACGACGGCACCAAGACGGAGAAGCUGGAGAAGCUGAUGGUGCGCAUCGGCGUUUUCAGCGUGCUCUACACGGUGCCUGCCACCAUCGUGUUGGCCUGCUACUUCUAUGAGCAGGCCUUCCGUGAGCACUGGGAGCGUACCUGGCUCCUGCAGACCUGCAAGAGCUAUGCCGUGCCCUGCCCCCCAGGCCACUUCCCGCCCAUGAGCCCCGACUUCACAGUCUUCAUGAUCAAGUAUCUAAUGACCAUGAUCGUGGGCAUCACUACCGGCUUCUGGAUCUGGUCGGGCAAGACCCUGCAGUCAUGGCGUCGCUUCUACCACAGACUCAGCCACAGCAGCAAGGGGGAGACUGCGGUAUGAGACCCGGUCUUUCUCCCACCCUUGCCUUUUCUACCUCCCCGUAGGAGAGGAGGCUUGGUAGGGAAAGAACUGCUGGGUGGGGACUUGUUUCUGUAGGCUACCCCCUCCCCCACUUAGCUUUAACGUGGAAGUGAGAAGUUAUUCGGAGGUGAGAAGAGAUUUGGGGUGAGAGGUGAUUUCGAAAGGCCUGAGUGAAAAGUCAAAAGGCGGUGUGGAUGGAAAGACUGCUGGCUAAGACUUGCAGGAUGCUAACUGAUGCUAACUGUGAAAGAUAUGGGCCUGGAGGGCCCUUAGGGAAAGGUUGAGAGCCGAGACUGGUGAGUUCCUCCGGGCGCCAGAGCUGAGCCAGGGCUGAGUCCAAUCCCUGCUGCAAGGCAAGUGGCUGUCCUCACUCCAGUGAGGCGGGGGAAGGGGGAAGAUAGCGCUGUCUGCAGCCUGGCUUUGUUGGGAAGAUGGGGGGCCCCCUGUGGUGCCCUUGUCAAGCGGUGGUCAAACCAUAAUCUCUUUUCACUGGGGCCAAACUGGAGCCCAGAUGGGUUAAUUUCCAGGGUCAGACAUUACAAUCCUCCCUCCCCGACCCCCUCCCGCCUGUUUUUCCUCCCCUUCUCCUUUCAAGUCUAGUAAAAUAAGCAUUUGGAAGGCCGGGGAGGCCUGCCUGCUAGAAUCCUAAUGCGAAGAUGCAAAAGAAGACAGGAAAAUUUCCGAGAGGAGACCGAGUGGUAGUCUGGUUCUGCUACUUUCUUCAUUUUCUUGGGAAGGCGGGAGGCAGAUAGAAAAAGAAUGUUUUAUUUGGUUUCAUACCCUGAAAAAGAAGUGAUGACUUGUUGCUUUUCAAAAUAGGAAUGCAUUUUCCCCCUUGUCUUUGUUGUAAGAGACAAAGGGGAAAACAAAAGUGUCUCCCCGAGGAAAGCUUAGCUAUGAAGGCAGCGGCUUUUCUAGGCAAAGCAGCAGAAAUCUGAGCUUUCCCGUCGGUGGUUAAUUUGGUUGAGAUAAACAUUCCUUUUUAAGGAAAAGCUAAAGACAGCGUGCUUUCAUACCCAUUCAGCUGAAGGUUCUGACUUGGAUAAAGGAGAUGCAAGAAGUUUUGUUAUUUGUUUUAAACAGAUUUAAUUCAGAACACAUGAUCUAACAGGCUCUAGUAAACAGCUUAAUGAAAUCUCCCUCUAUUCCGCACACCCCAUUAGCCUAAAUUUUGUUUGUUUGUUCGGUUUUUUUGUCCCCACCUCCUUCCGUCCAGUGUGUGUGUGUGUGUGUUUUGUGAUUUCUUUGGAGUUUUGUUUCUUUUUUUGGUUUUUUUUGGGGGGGGUUGGUGAUUUUUUUUUUCAUUUGUUUGUUUGUUUUGGUUUUUCUAGACAGGGUUUCUCUGUGUAUCCUUCCCUGUCCUGGAACUCACUCUGUAGACCAGCUUGGCCUCCAACUCUGAGAUCCCCCUGCCUCUGCCUCCCGAGUGCAGGGAUUCACAGUGUGGAGCACCACACCUGCCUCCCCCCACCAUCCAUUUGUGUUCUUCAAGAUGAAAGAAGAGAUAUAAUGCUCACAGAAUCAAAACAAAGGGACAAAUUCAUUUAAAGAGUUGAAAACACUCUGCCCAUGUCCCUUAGUUCCGUCAAUCUGUGUAUGAGAACCGGGUGAGAACCCUUCCUCUGGCUGCGGACCCAAAGAGGCGAUGCGCCAGGAUGCCAGCCAAGGAAGAGGGGGCGAGCUUGUACCGGGUUUAGAAAGUCAUUAGAGGAAGGUAAACUUCAAAGUGAUUCUGGAGUUCUUUGAAAUAUGCUCGAAGACUUAAAUCUAUUAAUCUUAAAUUAUAUACUUCCCCCCCCCCGUGAUAGAAGUCUGGUUCUUUGGCAUAAUGGUAUAAAGCUAACAGCAUCAUGGGAGCUAACCUUCACUCCACCUUUGACACUGACUGUCCUCCAGUCUUCAAGGCCGCUCAGUUUCUUAGAGCGGUUGUUAAAUGCCAAUCAGGAGGGUACUGUCAGGGGUACAAAUUACUUUCUCUCUGUCACGUUCAGUGCAAUGGAGCUGCUUUUACAUUAAAGUGAUCUUGUAUUUCUGAAACUCAGAAUAUGAUCUCACCUGUCAGAUUUUUUUUUUAACUGCUACGACACAGGUUUGGCCUCUUUUGUGUUUAUCUCUCAAGCGCAUGUGAAAUUUGUAAAAUAGAGACAGUGCAGUAUGUAUAUUUUGUAAAUCUCCCAUUUUUGUAAGAAAUAUAUAUUGUAUUUAUACAUUUUUACUUUGGAUUUUUGUUUUGUUUUUUGCCUUUAAAGAUCUACUAUGAAGCCCCACUUUAUGACAUGUACA